CCGACGGAGUUGGGAUUAUAUUGGAGUCAUUGGACUAGUUUUUUGGUUUGGAAGAAUUUACACCAUUAUUUCCAGAUUGUGUGAUUUUAAAUAUAUAUUCUCAGAUUCAACAAAUGAGACUAUUGUCAUGGGAAGGGCAAUUUCGUCCAAGCUAUUUUGCCCCAACAAGUUCACCACCAUUAGUGGGAUCAAGUCCUUCCUCAACAAGGUUUGUGCCAUUGUCUUUGCAGACAUCCUGGAGCAGGUCCUGCCCGCCGGGCAAGGGCAGACUCCAGCAUCCCGGUCCUGGGGUUCCCGCACCCCACGUUUGGGCGAUCGCCGUGGUCCCGAGGAGCCGGGACUUGGCGAUCCCGAACGCGGGGCUCUGGGGUGGGCCAUGGCGGCGGAGCCUCCCGUGGACGAAAGGACCAUGUUCCUGACGUUCCCGAGAGGGUACCCCGUGACGGAGGAGGAGGUGAGGGAGCUCUUCAACUCUUACUACGGGGACUGCGUGGAGGCCGUGAAGAUGGUGUCGCCGGCCGCCGCGUCGGAGCAGCUGCUGUACGCGCGGCUGGUGGUGCGGUCGGUGGGGACUAUCGACCAGGUUUUGAGCGGCGGGCCGAUCGCCAAGUUCCAUGUGAACGGGAACACGUUUGGGCACGAGUUGAAGAGCUCCCUCACCUCCUCCUCCGUCACGGGGUUCCCUCUCGAGAACGUCAGGAACAUGGUCCUGUCGUCCACGGGAGGCUCCGCCGCCAUGGCCCACCCCCAGAGCCCCGCGUUCGGGAUCGCCGAGUCCCAGCUCCUCGGGACCACGGAGAUCGGCCCGAACGUGGGGUGCGGGAACCCCGAGACCGGGAUGCUGGAGUUUGCCCCUGCCAGACGGGCAAUGGCACAAACCUUGUUAAGGAAGGACUUGAUCCCACUAAUGGUGGUGAACUUGUUGGGGCAAAAUAGCUUGGACGAAAUUGCCCUUCCAUGACAUAAAUUUUGUACUCCGCAUAAUAUAAUGGACGUGUUUGG